AUUCCCUCUCAUUCAGAAGUAAAUUGUGACUCAUCAAGGAAUCCUCUCCUGAACUACGGAAAACUCAGUCGGUACCGGCUUAUAGAUAAGACACACUAGAAACUAUCAACAAGAGGACAUUUUCCUGCGGAUAUUCAAACUUCACACAAUAACAGGAUGUACACAACACAAAGAGAUCCAGCCAACUUCAGCGAGUCGAAAUAUGUGGCCGACAUCUUAUCGUCUAUGGCAAAUGGAGAACCAGUAACACCUAGCUAUCCAAUGCCUGGGUUUUUAAGCGGUGUAACGACAGCAACCACACCAACCUUGACACCAACAACACUGGCCAACAUUGAAAAAACAUUUAUUGAACUUCAAGCGGCCCCAGUCUCCACACACGACCCCAACGCUUUGACACAGAGUGGUUUCGUUCCUCCAGUCGUUGAUCCCGUUACAUCCAACGGUCAUUCCCUAGACAGAUAUGACUACAGUGAUGACCCUGAUUGGAUGCCGGGUGGAAAGAGAGCAAGAGGAAGCAGAGAUGUUUUGGCCAGUGCCCCAUACCCUACUACCACAACCCACACACCUGGUAGAAAAGGAGGACGAAGACCUAGAGAGGAAAAGUUAAAUCCGGAGGAAGAACAAAGAAGGGCAGUGAGAAGAGAAAGAAAUAAGUUAGCCGCUGCGAAAUGCCGACAGAGGCGCGUUGACCACACAAAUGUUCUAGUCAAGGAGACAGAAAAACUCGAAAGUGAGAAAUCCUCUCUUGAAGACGAUAUCCAAAAACUACAACAGCAAAAAGAUCAGUUAGAGUUUAUUUUGAAAGCCCAUCAGCCAUUGUGUAAAGUAGAAUCCAGAACAACAUACCAACACAUCACACCGAUAUCCAUUAAACAGGAACGAGGCUCCUCUCCAUGCUCCGUCCAGUCAUGUGACAGUAGCAGCAGCCAAUCUUCACUCUCCUCCAGUCGCCCAAGUUCUCUGGUCAUCCCAAAAAGCGAAUCGAGAACCAUGACAACAUUAGCUGGAAUUCCAAUCAGUACGCCCUCUAGUGGCUUGUUCUCUUUCGUCGGAUUAGAUUCAUUGGUGGACGCCAAUGGUCUGUCCUUAAGAUCAAGUCCUACCUGUGGUAGUCAGGUACACCGCACAUCCAGUGACAGCAGUACCGAUGCCGUUGGUUCUCCUACUUCCACUCUCAUUUCCCUGUGAAGAUGGCCGCCUUUGAUUGCCUGAAAACAACAGCCACGAAAUGAGGAUGGCCAUGAUAUGAACUUUUAAAUGGUGUGACAGAAGGUUGAAUUUUUUUGUUUCUAAAAAGCUUCUUUUUGUAUUAUUUCUGCCAUUGGUUUAGUUCUUUGCCAGCUUUUUAUUGGCCCUGAAGAUGAGACGACGGAACGCGCGGAAUAGUAGCCUGAAGGCCCCAGGUGUCCUCAGGAAACCAGAUGAGUGACUUGGCCAGAGUCAGGAGAAAGAGGCGCCAUUUUGAAAAAGGCCGGGAAUGUGAUGUGUUAAGAAGAUGUGAUAAAAUGUUAUGAGCAUUUAAAAAGAGAGGGAACUCCCCCAAAACACUGACGUGAUGUUAGUCAAAGCAUAAAAAACUGCCGUUGCGUUAAUAUAUAAUCGCUUACGGUAUCUUGAAAUUUCUUGAAAGUGAAUUAUUGACAUAGUAAUAUAAUUACCCUAGAGAUAAUUUAUAAAGGAUAAGAGUGCUAUAAAAUGAACACUAUAGAACUGAAAGUGCUAUAAUAUUUAUGUAUGAAAACGUUAAAAGUGCUAUUAGAAUACAUGGACGAGCCUAAACCUGCCUUAAACAUGAUUAAACAAUGCAAGAAAGUGUUUUUUUUCUAUAUUUCUCCAUAAAUUCUAUUUAGAUAGUGUUGAAGUUACGAGAAUGAAAAGAAAGUCAUAUUUUAAUAAUUAAUUAACCAAGCAAUUACAUACUCUAUAUACACAUUUACAUGUUACUCUUUUUUAUAUAUCUGCUGAGAUACUAAUCGCCAUUAUUUCACACUUUUAUAAAAUUUUCUAAACUUUUUAAAGUCUUAUUUUGUUGUUUAAAUGUUAGUGUAAAGGAGAUCCAUGUUGUUGAACUGUUGUUUUAGAAAAGAGAAACAAAGCUAAGCCAAACUAGGCAUCUUGGAUUGUAAAAAUAUAAAAAAAAAGAAUGAUAGAUCUUUUAAUACAGAUCAAAUUGGUUGUUCAAAUCGGGAAUUAGAAUAUACUUCGACAACUAAUGAUUUGUUGGGGUUUUUUUUAUACCCUACUUUAACAUUGCCAAAAGUGUUGCUUCUCUUUUCAUUAAUAUUUAACCGAUGUUUUAAUGAAUGUAGAAUAAAUGGAACUUAAUUAACGUAGUUAUAAUAUUGUGACAUUAGUAUAAAGUAAUGCUUAUGAAAUACAAAAUACUGUUUACAAAUAUAGUUUUUAACUUCAAUAAGUUACUCAAAAUGACAAGAUAGAGUUGUUGGUUCUUGAAAGUUUUUUCUUGACAGAAUAAUGUGCCUCGCUGAAAGCCAUAAAUAAAUACAAAAUAAUUCUCCAAAUAUACAUUAUGCAAUUUAUAUACUUCUGAUCUUUUGUAAAUCACAUAUAUUUCAACAUAACUGUCUUUGUCUGACUUUUCUUGCUUUGAUUUUUAUAUAUAAGAAUGUCAUGUAUUACUGUAUUACUAUUUGUAAAUUGUGCACAUGUUUUGGUGAUGUAAUAUGUGGAGAGACGGGUGCGUGCAGGUCACGUGACAUAAUGGUGCUGCGCAAUUAACAAAGUUUUUUUUUUAAAAUACCUUUUUUUGUUUAGGGCUUUAUGAUACCACGUUUUCAUACGAUUUGUUGUAAUAAAAAUUCAAAAAGAAAAACACACAAAAAAAUAUAUAAAUAAAUGCUUCAAGUAUA